GCAGUGUUGGCAGAGGAUGAUCUCCGAUGUGUAGAUGGUUUGAGUUUUGUGGUUCUUGUCUUUGAUUUCGGAUCAAAAUUGAUUGUGGUUCCCAUUAAGACUUUUUAAAGAAAAGAAUAAUCAUUUUAAAGUUCCUAAAAAUUAUUUCAAACAAAUGAUAAUAACAAAAAGAUCGAAUGAAGAGACUCACCAAGUUACAAGUAACAACCUUUUGUUUUGGAGCACAUAGUGAGCCUACUUUAUCCCAAUAAGAAAUAAUGGGUUAGAACUUAGAAGAAGCAACCACAGAAAUCAGUUAAAACACCCGGGAAAGGAACAAUGGUGGUCUUGGGUUCUCUUACCCAAAUCAAGCCCUCUCCACCAAUACCAACCACCUCUUUCUCUUCUUCUUCUUCAAAUCCUUCCCAGAAGACCCUCUUCACAAGACGAAGAGCCGUACUGCUUGGCCCAACUGCUUUGGUGGCUUCCUUGCUCCAUUUCCACAACCCCAUUUCAUCACAACCUUCAGCAAUUGCUCUGCAACAGUUACAAGAUGAGCUCCAGCAGGAAGAAGACCGUGCUGUGAAUCUUUUCCAGGAAACUUCUCCAUCAGUCGUUUACAUUAAAGACAUUGAGAUAGACAAAAGCCUAAAAGGUUCUCCUACUGCAGUCUCGCAAAGUGAGGAUGAUAAUGCUAAAGUUGAAGGAACAGGUUCAGGCUUCAUUUGGGAUAAGUUUGGUCACAUUGUCACAAAUUACCAUGUUGUAGCUAAAUUGGCUACAGAUCAAACCGGAUUACAGCGUUGUAAGGUUUAUAUGGUUGAUGCAAUGGGCAAUGGUUUUAGCAGUGAAGGCAAGAUUGUUGGUUUAGAUGCAUCUCGUGAUCUGGCUGUUCUUAAGGUUGAUAUUGAAGGACAUGAGCUAAAACCUGUUGUUCUCGGUACAUCUAGUGAUUUGCGUGUGGGUCAGACGUGCUUCGCCAUUGGAAAUCCAUAUGGAUAUGAGAACACACUAACAAUCGGGGUGGUCAGUGGAUUAGGCAGGGAGAUACCCUCACCAGAUGGAAAUGCCAUUAAAGGAGCUAUUCAAACUGACGCCGCUAUUAAUGCUGGGAAUUCAGGCGGGCCAUUGAUUGAUUCAUAUGGUCAUGUUAUUGGAGUUAAUACAUCAACGUUCACUCGCAAAGGAUCAGGAACAUCAUCUGGUGUUAACUUCGCAAUACCAGUAGACUCUGUUGUGCGAACCGUACCUUACCUUAUUGUAUAUGGAACUCCUUAUAGUAACAGGUUUUGAUGUAUCAAUUGUAUUGUAUCUAAUUUAUCCCCCAGAUUAUAUGUCAUUUAGGGAAACAAGUUGUAUAAGUUUCAUGGAACGCAAUUCAAAUACUAAAUGUGUCAUAAAAAAAAAAAAAAAAAAA